AUGUCUCUCCCCGUCGAUACCAUCGAUACCGAUAACCACGACUUCGAGUUUGCCCAGCGUGGCCUCCUGGCCAAAUUGAACAAUCCGCGCAUCUAUGACUCGAACAACAACGUUGUCUGGGAUGCUAGUGCCUACGACUUUAUGCAGCAAGAUUGUCCCCCGACCGCCAACAAGUCUCUGUGGCGACAGGGCCAGCUCUGCAGCGCGACGGCAGGUCUGUAUCAAGUCGUUGACGGCAUUUAUCAGGUCCGCGGGCUUGACCUUGCCAAUAUGAACAUUGUUCAGAUUCCUUCAGACAAAAACAAGAUCAUCAUAAUCGACUGCUUGACAUCUGUGGAAACCGCAAGUGCAGCCAUUCAGCUCUACCAGGACUACCACAAGGGGCGAUUCCAACGCCAAGCGGAGAUUGUUGCCCUCUUUUACACUCACAACCACGUGGACCAUUUCGGAGGCGCCCAAGCUAUCGUGGACGUGGCUGGCAAGGAUCUCCGAAUUAUCGGUCCCGAUGGCUUCCUUGAACAUGCCGUUAGUGAGAAUGUAUACGCCGGGGCGGCCAUGUCUCGACGGUCCAUCUAUAUGUACGGGGAGGCCUUGCCAAAAUCUCCCAAUGGUCAGAUCGGCUGUGGCCUCGGCCAGGGGCUAUCAACGGGACGUAGCUCGUUGGUGGCACCUAACCAGAGCAUCACCCAGGACGGUGCCCUAAAGCCCGGCAUUAAAGAGCUUGAAAUUAUCUGCCAAUUAACUCCGGGGACGGAGGCGCCCGCCGAAGUGAACUUUUACUUCCCGGCUUAUAAUGCCCUGUGUAUGGCGGAGAACGCAACACACACGUUACAUAACAUCCAGACGCUGCGAGGUGCGCCGGUUCGUGACGCCAGACUCUGGUCUCGCUAUCUCGACGAGUCCAUCUCCCUGUUUGGACACAAGUCCGAUGUAGUCUUCUCCAGUCACCACUGGCCUACAUGGAAGCACGAUAGCGCGGGCAGUGGCAUUCAGGACGAUCACGUCGAAAAGCCGCACAACUUGAUUGUGACUUUUCUCACCCCCGUUGAAAUCGCAGAACAGAUCAAGACUCCGCCCAAUCUGAGCCUUCGGACCAACCUGCGCGGCUACUACGGCUCAGUUAGUCACAAUGUCAAGGCCAUUUACGAUAAAUACAUGGGUUGGUUUGAUGGCAACCCUGCAAAUUUAUGGAAACUCGAACCGACUGAUGAAGCGGUUGAGUACGUGAAGUGCAUGGGUGGGCCAAAAGUUGUUCUGGAAAAGGCCAAGGCAUACGUCUCCGAGAACAUCGACUCAAAGCUACGAUUUGCAGCCACUCUCUUGGAUAAAUUAAUCUUUGCGUAUCCCGAUAACGUAGACGCAAAGAAUGAACUGAUAUCUGUUUACCAAAAGCUCGGACAGAGCGCAGAGAACGGAACCUGGCGCAACAUAUAUCUUACCGGAGCGUACGAGCUGCAAAAUGAACCGAAGCCGGCCGUCAACACCAUGACGCCGGCGUCCCUGAUGGCACUCAAUCUAGAUCAACUUUUUGACACAAUGGCUAUCCGUAUCAAUGGCCCAGAGGCGUUUGCCUUUGAAGGCAAAAUCACGAUUGACUUCAUGGUGGAAGAUAUGCCGCGAAAUUCGGUCCCAGGAAAAGGUCAGAUGGGGUGGCACAUGAGAUUGAGCAACGGCGCCAUGACGGGGCACGAGAUUCCCUAUGUCGCGUUUAAGGACCUCAAGGACAGCAAAUCGGAUCUGACAGUCUGGCUAGCGCACGAGACUCUGGUCACGGCUGUCGGGACCGCCGCGGUGGGCAAGAAGGCUGAGAUUACUGCCUACCAGGUCGUGACCUCGGGGGAAGUCGGAGCGUGGGAAAAGGCCAUAGCCUUCAUCCAGGUGCCUAACAGUGCAUUUAACAUUGUGACACCCUGA